AUGAGUUUUGUGUCGAAGAAACCAUCCAUCUCCGUAAAAAUUACUCAUGAAUCUUCAACAAGAAGUCCAAAAUCUAAUAAUAUUGGACAUGAUUUUACUUCUCAAUCUCUCAGAAUCUAUGAUGAGUUUGGUAACGACCUCACUCCCCUACCAUUGAUAGUUGAGGAUAAGCGGACCCUGCAUCUUGAUAAAGAGAACUGUUUAGACCCUUCUGCUGUCCAACCCUCAUUAAUCCAAUUCUUUGGUCAUUCAUUCUCAGCCUCAAUCCAAAGCAGCUUAAAUCUACUCAGUGAUACCGCUUCGGAAAAUUCAGAGUAUAUUGCUAAAAAUGAUAGUGAUCCUGAAGGCAUUAAGGAUACUGAAGAUGAACUUUAUGUGGCGGAAUCAAUUGGUCUAAAUCAAGAAAUUUAUGUUACCGUUGGAGAGACUGAAACCUAUUGGAUUUUUGAUCAGCAGCCUUAUGUCAUGUCCACAGAAGAUAAUCUGGCAAAUGUUCAAGUAGAACGCAAUGAGGCUUAUAAUAAAUUAUGCGCGUCCAGGGUGGGGAACGAUCGAUACGUAGAAUGUGGGAUGAAUACAAUGCCAAUCCCAACCAUCAUUAAGACUAUACAAACUCAAAACAUUGAAUAUGCGGAUAAAGCAGUUACAGCCACAGUUUAUGAUAUAUGGGAUACGGAUCAAAUGUCACUUGUCAUAGAUCAGAAAAGUACUGUCGAUAUGGCCUUUAAAUCCGAGCCAACAGAACGCGACUUAUCAGCCAUUCCAACAGCUAUCCCCCGAAGUUUCAUAGAGAGAAACAAUCUUCGCCAGCUCGUCAACGAUGUGGAAGAUGCGGCUAAAACUUCUUCAAAAACAGCCUUACCUGAAAAUGCCGUACAAACGGGUUUAUAUGACAUGAGCUCCAAAAGCAUAAGCAGUAUGGAUAGCACCAUUACGACAAUCAAUCCAUUUGAAAGCAAUAACCCUAUUCUUCUAAAACUGUUGAGAGAUAUGGAGAAAGCACUCAAUUUGAACUUCUAUUUUGAUAAAUACCUGCUCUAUCGCAGAUUGCUACUGAAAAAAGACUUUCCCGAGUCUAGAGGCAUAAUUGAACGCACAGAAUCCGGUGGAACAGCAGUGCUUUCUGGGUCCGCCGUGCAUUCCACUGCUCGGAGUAAUAUAUUUACAGAAACUGGUUUCUCCUCACAUCAAUCGAUCUUUGUAGGUCCGAGUGUACCAAUCCACGCAAUGGGGACUGAAGGUCCCGGGAGCUUGUAUAUAAAAUCGGCUCACAAAUUCUACACUCCUCCAAGCAUAUCUCUUUUGUGGAAAUUUGCAUGCAAUCUCACAAAGGGAAGAAAUGUUUCCUCCAUUGCGUUUAAUGCAAAGAACAAAGAUAUUAUCGCUGUGGGUUAUGGGGCUUUUGAAUUCGAUAACCAGCAAGUUGGACUUGUGUGCUGUUGGAACAUAAAGAAAAUCAACUAUCCUGAAAGGGUCUACCAAUUACCUUGCGGUGUCACUGCUGUUUCUUGGUCUUGCAAGAACGUAAAUCUUCUUGCUGUGGGAAUGUUUGAUGGCGUUAUCAUGAUCUUUGAUGCACGCAAGGAGAGCAAUGUUCCUCUUCUUGAUACUACUCAUGCUAACGGUCGCCACUACGGUCCGGUGACUAAGCUGGACUGGAUUUCGCGGGAAACCGGUCGUACAGCUGGGAAUACAGAGAGUCUGAUUUCACUUGCCAUGGACGGCAGAGUGACUGAGUGGUUUACCUUGAAAAGUCCAGACUGUACUGAUCUGAUGAUUCUCAAGAGACCAAAGUUACAAGGCUCAAUCAAUAUUGUGAAGAAGAAAAAUGCCGAGGCUCUUAUUGUUAGACACGCAAUAGGAACUACGCUUUGUUUUAAUGAUGUUGACAAGAAUUUGUACUUGGUGGGCAUCGAAAGAGGUCAGAUUCACAAGUGUUCGUGUUCAUACAGUGAACAAUAUCUCUUUAGUUACAACGGACACACAUCAUCGGUAUAUUCAUUAAGGUACUCGCCUUUUAUACCGGAGGUUUUUCUCUCCUGUUCGGCUGAUUGGACUAUCCGUUUAUGGCAUGAAGAACGUGCGGAAAGUUGUCAUACUAUGGCCACUCAUUCUUCGUCCGUGAACGAUGUGGCUUGGUCCCCCAACAAUGGAGCCGUGUUUGUGUGCACCAAUGAAGGAAAUAUAGAGAUCUGGGAUUUAGAACGUUCAUUGUGA